ACCAAUGCAAUCAGUACACUUUAGUUUGUAUAGCAUGCAUUGUAUCUGCAGCAAUCAAUCACAAAAGAUGAACAAGCAAUGCAUUGAUCAACUCCUAUUAGUAGCCGAGGCAUUGAUUCAGCUGAAUCAUACUCCUCCCCUGUUAGUUCAAUCAGCUGAGUGACCAGUAAGACUAGAGAGUGAGCUGACGAUGUUGAUCCCUGAGGUGUUGGUGUGCCCGAUCAGCCUGGACCUCAUGUCGGACCCCGUCACCCUCCUCCCCACCGGCCAGACCUACGACCGCCCCAGCAUCCGCCGCUGGCUCGCCGCCGGCCACCGCACGUGCCCGGUCACCAUGCGCCCGCUGCCGCACCACACAUCGGGCGGCUCGGAUCAGAGCGCCUUGUUGGCGCCCAACCGCACGCUCAAGCACCUCAUCGACCGCUGGCUCCUCCUCGCCGACCUCGCGCUGCCCACGCUCAGGGACAACCUCCUGGACGUCGCCGCCGCCGCCGCCCCUGAGUCCGCUCCAACGGUGGCGGCCGUGGAGACGCUGAGGAUAAUCAGGUCGCUCUCCCCUCCUGGCUUCUGCGCCCUGCUCCUACGCCUCGUCACGCUUCGACGCAGCGACGAUGUGCUGGCGGAGCUGGCACUCGGCUGCCUCCUCGCGUCGCCGUCGGCGCGGGAGCUCGCCGACGCGCUGCACGAGGAGAAGAAGUUGCCCUCCUCCUUCGCCUUCCUCCUGAGACAGGGGAGCCCCAAGGUCAAGACAGCCCUGUGCCGCCUCAUCCACACGGUCGGAGCCGUUGCCGUCGACGCCGUCGUGGCCUUGGGCCGCUCAGAGCCGGUCAUGGUAGCACUGGCCGCUCUGGUGCGCGACGACACCGACGGCGCCGCGUCAGAAGCCGCUCUGAGGGCGAUGUGGAGCCUCAGCUCGUCGGACCAGGCCAGUCGGGAGGCCGCGGUGGCGGCGGGCGCCGUCGACGCCCUCCUCUCGUACAUCAGCUCCGGCGGCUCGAGAAGGAGGUCACCUUCAUGCGCGCCGUGGGCCCUGGCUCUGGAGACGCUGGAGCUCGUGCUCGUCAGCGUGGACGCCGGCAGGCAGGCUAUGUACGCCCGCCCCGGUGCGACGGCCGUCUUGGUGAAGAUGGUCUUCAUGGUGCCCUCCCGUCAGGACCGGGUGGGCGGCGGCGGCAGCGGCAGCGAGCACGCCAUGGCGUCGCUGCUGGUGGCAUGCCGCGAGUCUGCGGAGGCGCGGGUGGACGCCAUCAAUGCCGGCCUGCUCACGCGGCUGCUUCUGUUGCUGCAGAGCCAGUGCAGCCCCAGGGCCAAGGCCAACGCCAUGGCACUGCUCAAGCUGCUCAGGGCCAUCUGGGCUCGCCAUUGAUUAGCUCAUCCCAUCAAUCUUAGAACCUUAUGUAAAUACAGUAUCAAAGAUUGGAGAUAAUUAGCACAGUAACAAUUAUUAACGAGCUCAUGGUCAUCUUAUUU